GUAGAGGUAAUGUGCCAGAUAAGCUGCAUGUUUACUUGCAAAAAUGUGCAGCUGAUGAGGGCCUCGCCCUAGAAGCGAUUCCCAACUCUCCCCUGACCACUCCUCGCGCCGAUUCGCCAGAGCCCGGAGCUCUGGGGAGUACGAGAAGUGGCGGCCUGGGGAGACCCAAAAGCUUUGAAGAAAUGGUGGCCCAUGCCCGCUCCAAGAUCGGCCUGUGGAUUUCUACCACGGAUGAUGGCGAAAGCCAGGGUGAUGAAGGCAAGGCUGAAAGCAAGAAUGACAGCAAGGGCAUGUUUCGCACGUUGAGGGAUGCCCGUGGCAGUGGCACUUUGAUGAGUGCUGCAGGCAGCCAGCUUGAAAGCAGCGCUGCAAGCAGUGACAUGCUGCCAGGUAGUGUGCAGCAUGUCCCAAGGACUGAGAGGUCGGAGAAACCAGUGAAGCCAGUUCAGGAAGAAGUGUCCAUCGAAGAACGGCUGCAAAGAUUUGUGAAGAAAAUGGACCAAUUUGUCAAGCCAGCAGCAGGAGAGCCCAAAGCAGCGGAAGUGAAAGAAGAAGCAGUAGAGCCAGUCGCACCGAAGGAAGCUGCACCAGAAGAAUUAAAGGAAGUGGCAGCAACUGCUGAGGUGCGGCCAGCUGCAGGGGAAAGGUCAGAAGCGAAACUCGAGGCUUUUGAAGCCACCGCGGAAGCGGCAGUGCAAACAGAAGUGCCACGGCAAAAGGAUGCUGAAGCGAAGCCGAAGCCAGUUCUGGAGGCCGUGGAAGAGCAGAAAGAAGAGGUAGCCUUGGCCAAAGCACCAAAGGCACCGAAAGAAGGGGCAGCUGAAGGCAAAGCAGAAGCUGCACCAAAGGAGGUAAAACAAGUUCCUGAAGUGGCAGUAGCGGCAAAAAUGUUGGCCACAGCCGAAGGACCUAACGAGGAGGCAGAAGAAGCCAAAACAGAAGCUUACGCGCCACCUGUCCGAGGAGCAGAAGCAGGAAAAGAGUCAAAACUGGAGGAGGCAGCUGUGGCACAGACGCCAAAGGAGGAGACAGCCGAAACCACAACAAAAGCUUCACCGCCGGUGGCUGAAGUGGCACAACUCGCACUCAAGAUGAUGGAGGCGAAGGAGAGGAUGGAUAAAAUACCAACAAAAUUUGUGAAACCCGAAGAGGAAGAAGUCAUGGAAGAACAAACACCAAAACAUGCCCAGCUGGAUCGAAAGAGACCUAUGGAGGGGGUGCCGCACUUUGUGAAACCAGAGGAAGAAGAACCCGAAGAGGGCGCAUCACAGGCGGAGAACAAAAAGGACCUGGUAGAUGAUCUUUGCACCUUGGAACGGCGGCCGAGCUCCAUUUCGCUCACGGUGGCAAGACCAUCGACGUUGCGACAGGGUCUGGACGCGGAUGCCACACUGAGCCGACGCGACGUCGGUCCCGUCGGCGCCGCGGAGUUCUCCAGGGCCGUGAGCCCGGAGACUGCCAGGUACACCCCCACGCCUGGAGUGGUGGCUGCUGUGGCCACAGUCGCGCGCGUGAAAGCGAUGCAACGACUGCAAGAUCCAUAUGGCAUCAACCAGUCCUCCAGGACCAUGACCUACACCCCGCGGCAGAUGGCGCCCUCCCGGCGCUCCACUCCGGCCUGGACGGAGCUCGCGGUGAAGGCGCAGGAGUCGUGUCAACGCGCCCUGCAGGUGGCGGCCGUGCCCCCGUCACCGGGGAUGGUGUCGAUGUCCCCAAUUACCCUCCACAGCGACUCGCCCGGCAGCGUCCAACGUUCUCCGGGCUACCCAGUGCUGUGCCGAUCCAUGGGCCCCACCUAUUCACCACCCCCAACAGCACGGACGCAGUAUCUUGGACACACCAUCAGCUCUCCAGUGCUUCAUGGCUCCCGGUCUCCUCCCGUCCCAGCUGCCCCAGGCUUUCGAUCCGGCUCUCCUGAGCCUGUGGCGCGACCCUUGAUGCAGAAUAGCUAUGGCAGCUACCCCCGGCAGGGCAGCCCUAUGGUGACUACCUACAGGCGCCAAGGCAGUCCCAUCACUUGGCGUCAGGGGAAUCCAUCCUUGGGGGCGUAUGGGAGACAGGGGAGCCCGACCUCCUUGGCAACUUACGGGCGGCAGGGGAACCCGACUUCACUGGCAACUUAUGGACGGCAGGGAAGCACUCUGUGGACUUCCAGUAUGUUGAAGACCAGCACGACCUGCCUCGCCAGCACCCCUUGUCUGGCCCGCGUCAGCCCCCGGAGAGCCAGUCCUCAACGAAGGCCCAGCCCAGCACCGGGCGUCAAUGACCUCUGGCUUCCACCGACAUCAGCGGCCUGGACGCAAGCGCCUGCACGACUUGCAUAG